GCAAAAACAGUAGCCCGAAAGGACGUGGAAAUAUGGCUCUAAACCUCUAAUAAACUUUUGUUAGCUUUGCUUACUUUUAUAAAAGAUUUUGCGACGAACACGGGUUGAGUUAACCCGGUGCACCGCAAGUUUGUUUGAACGCUUUGAGUUUAAUAUCUGACAUUAGUUUAACUAAAAUAAACUCGAGCUAUCCUGCUUAGCUGAAAAAUGGAGAGCCCUUCAUCUCAGAGUGCUGCCAUGGAGCAAGUGAACAAUUUUUGGUCCAUUCUGGAUGAUCUGGCUCAAAAUGACCCAGGGGCGUACAAAGGUUUUAUCGAGCGCCAGAUGAGAGACAGAGAGGAGUACUUUUCACCGCCUCAGCCGCACACCUGCAUCCGGGCUAACGUCCAGAAACCAGAAGAAGGGAUUCUGUAUGUAAACAUUUGUGGUUGGAAGCGAGUGCCUACACCCACUUCUCCAAAUAAACCUGUACCUGUGUGUGGUGGAAGACUAGAGAUGGUUGCUGAGCAAAAAGAAAAUUACCAUGUGGUGGAGGUGGCUUUCAACCCUGAUGUUCUUCAGAGAGCAGAGAAGGACCGACAUGAGAUGGAGCAGAUAUACCAUCUGGUUCAUAACUUUGUCCAGCAGCAGCACAAACUGAGCCUAUCCCAACACUUCACUGUGAUUAAAACCAAACUGAAGGGAAGCAUACAGGAUGUUAAACGCAGGCUAAUGUCACCAGGGCUCAACAAACCCAGCAACCUUAAUCAGCAAUCUGAACCUGCUUCAUCACUUCUUCAGCAGAUCUGCUCUCUACGAAUGGAAGAAACGACAGAGGACCCCAACAUUCAGCUAAAUGUAGGGCAGGAGCAACCCACGGCCAGGCCUGCUUUGAUUGAGGUUCUCUCCAGCACAGAGACAGUUCAACCCCAGCAGCCUAAACACCGACUGACAGUGAACUCACACAGCAAUGAUUCAGCCAGGAGGCUGAAGCUGCACGUACAGCUGCCCGGAGUGAACUCUGUCUCUCAGUGCCAGCUGAGCAUCAGCCAGGAUGAUGUACUGCUGGAGGUAGAGGAUACGUAUCAUCUUCACCUUCAGUUCCCUGAGCCAGUCAGUGAGGAGACAUGCCACGCAACAUUCAACAAGAAGAAACACACACUGACUGUUACGGCAUCUGUACUGGACAUUCAGCAAGUGCAUCCACAAGAAGGAAAGUCUACUUGAGCGUAAGAUGUACAUGGAAUGCAUCUUUUAUUAAAACAGUGGACAGAUAUUUCACACAGUUGGUCUCAGCACAGAUACAUACACCAAACAGGCAUGCACAUUAGAGGAAAGUGAGGUAUUGUCAAAAAACAUUCACAUAUUAAAGUAAUACCAUGUUUUAA